AUGUCGUCAGUAUAGCUUCCAGACAUAAAUCAGAACAAAAACUAUUCUAGCAUUAAGAAUUUAGAUAGGAGAUUUAAUAAGGAGACUCCUAAUGGAUAAAAGCGACCUUUAUAUGGAAGUUCAGUUUUUUUAAAUACUACAAAUAAUAAUUCAGUAGUAUAGAAUACUAAUAAUCCCACCCCAAACAAUAAUAGUUCUACAACUAACUUGAAUACUUUGAAUUAGUCAAACUUAAGUUAGUCUUAGGUUUUUGUUGCUUUAAGAUCUUUAGAUAAAUAUUAUAAAACUAACGAUAUCCAUGAUAUUCUUGGCCAUGAAAAAGACUAUUAUCCCUAGCUUUCUGAGUCUCAUAAAAAAAACUAAGAAAAGGAAGUUGAUGGAAAUUUGAAUAGUCUGAAAAAAUCAUUUAAUAUUUUAAGAAGUAAAUCUGACAAACGCGAGAAAGAAAUCUAAUCAAUGAGAUCAGAUAUAGACAAGAUGAAAAUGCAAGAAAAAACAUUGCUUAUCCGCACUGACGGCGCAGGAGAUGUUUACAAUGAAUUAGAAUAAGAAUUUGAAAGUACAAAAUCCCUUUAGGAAGAAGCUGAAAUGAAUAAAAAAACAUACGAACAUAUGCUUGAUAGAAUGAAAAAUGAUAUUAUUGCUUACAAACUCAAAGCCCACAGCACAGAAGAUACUCUCGAAUUAGGAGAAUCAGUACUUACUAAUGCUGUUUUAAAGUAGUAGUAAAUUGUAUAAAAAGAAGGCAAAGCUCAUUAAGCUUUAGAGCAUGUUUUAAAAGCAAAAGAAGAAGAAAAUAAAGACAGAGAAGCUUAUUUAGAGAAUUUCAAGAAACAAUUAAUGGAGUAAACUGAGUUAGAAAAGCAAAGAGAUGAAAGAAUCAAGAGACAAUAAGAAAUUGCAGAAAUAGCUGCAAAUGAUAUUAGAGAUCUUAACUUAAAAAAAUGGAGAAAACUAUAGCUUGUCCAUCAAUUUUUGAGCACUUUUCUUAAGAAGAAAAUGGAAAGCGAGAUGAAAAAGUAUUAAGGCAUUGAGUAAGCCUUUUAAAAGAUAAAGGCUUCCACUGGAGUGAACGAUGCUGGAGAAAUAGUUCAUAAAUUCUUAAAUAGAGAACACACAUAUAGUCAUUUACUCAUUUCUAUAUCUGACUACGAAAAAAGAAUUGAUACUUUAAAAAAGAAGAAUGAUGAGCUAAAAUCCUAAUUGCAUAGUUUAAAGCAAGAAAUAUUCCCUAUUGAAAAAUUAGAAAUAAAAUAAGACAAGUUGUAAAUUGAUGAAAUAUACCAAAAAUACAAAGACACCAGCGACAAAUCAGAUAACUGUCAUUUAAUCGAAUCUAGAGUUUACGAUUGGAUGAUUCGUACCUUAAUGAAAUUAGAAAGAUGUAUAGGUAUAGAAAAGAAUAAAGAACAAUACUAUUAAGAUUAUAAGAAAAGUAAUCUUCCUGACUUGCUUCUUAGAAUCACUUCUAUAUUAAGAGAAAAUCUUGUUUCUUUGGAUAACUCUGAGGAAGCAUAAAAUGUUUUAAAGGCUACACUGGCUCAAAAAAUUAAUGGUGAUAUAGAACUUAUGCGCAGAGUAAAUAGAGUAAAGCCAAUCGUAGACACAAGCUAAAUUCAAAGAAGUCCAUCAAGAGAUUCAUUUGAUAAACCAUCAGCAAGAGAAUCAACAGAGCAUCUUUCGCAUCAUUCGGAAGUAGAAUUAAAUAAUAGUGAUGUCGAUAGCGUAGACUUAGAAAAGUAAGAGUUUGAUUAUGUCAAUUAGUUAAUAAAAGAAACAAAGCAUGAUUUAAAACGUGGAUUUGCAUAUAAAAAUACUCCAUAAAAAGCUUGA